AAUGAUUACAUGAGUUAGUAGCAUACAAUAUUAUCUAUAUAUCCUAGUUGAGUAAAUAAAAAUGACUUACACGUUAUACAUAUAUGGAUCAUAUUUAGUCAUAUAUAUCAUCAAUCUAACUCCUUUCUUUCACCAUUUUAAUUAAUUAUCUUGGUACUAUAAAUAUGUUCAAGAAACCAAUGGUAUAAUGAACGGAUAAUCCAUGCCGAGAGGAAGAAGAAAGUAGAGUAAAGAGCAGACAUUGAACUGGGAAAUAAAAUGUUGAUGUGCGAGUCCAUGUGAUCUUUUUUUGUGUACUAUCCUUUUCUCUUUAUCUGUUUUGUCACCAGACCACUCACACAUGUAGGACAGUUGCCAUUCAUUCUUUCAAUUGUGUAAGUGUCGGAUUUUUGGUCUGUACAUUCUGGCAGAUAGUGUUCUAGAUCGGAAUAAUUUAUGGAACAUAUUCCAGUGAACUCUUUCUCUAAAAUACUGUUUCGGACAAUAAUUAAUUAAACGAUUUCUUUUAUAUGUUAAAACGAUGAAAUAGUGAAAAACAAGAUUUAGUUUAAAAUGUUUAUUGAAAUUUACGUCUAAACAAAUUAGGGUUAAACUCAGAAUGUACAGAAUAAUAUUACAUGAUAUGAUUUACAAGUUUAUAUACUGAACAGUAAAUUCUAAUAUAUAUUUGGAUGGCUCGGUAUGUUUUUUUUUUAAAUGCUGAUUUAUUAGGAUAUUACAAUUACGAAAAAGAUUAUAUAGACGAUUCGACAACCGAUAGUACAAUUUGAUUUAUGAGGAUCUCCGUCUAAUUGAAUCACCAGAGCCGUGCUAUGAAGAUCCACGUCUGGCCGAAUUUACUUGGAUCAUGUUGAAGAUCUCUUGUAAGUCUUUCCUCCGUAGUCUGCAUAAUUGUUUAAUAAAUCGUUUUCUCCGAGAAUUGAAACCUGCUGGUGUAGAAACGUUAAUAAAAACGUUAAUAAGAUAUGUUUGUAAUUUAAUACUGUGAGAUAUGUUUGAUACUUAUUGCUUUUGUAACAAACUUGGAAUGUAAACCUACUGAAGCGAAAUUAUGAUGUAAGAUAUACAAAUCAUUAAUCUUGUUCUCUCUUUGUAGGUAGAUAAUUUGGAUGUCUCAGUCUUUAUAAAUUAAGAUUGUUAUCUAUUUGUAGAUAUAUAUGAUAUAGAUUUACAGAUCAUCUCAAAAAAGAUUAAUGUAAACCUAUGAAGUGGAAUGUAGCUAAUUUUCAACAGUCACAUCACUUCAUUACUAGUUUACUACUCGUCUUCUUGAACAAAAUAUAUCCACUUAAAACCAUAUAAUGCAAAUAUAUAUACAUUGGUGAUGUGAGGCCGCUAAACAAUGACCAAAGUUAUGUCUUUGUUCAUCUUUGAAUCUUUAGUAUUCUAUCAAUUUUAUUAAAAAAAAUAGAUUGCUGCUGAAUUUUGUAUACUUCUGAUUUUAUAAGUAACAAAACGUAACCAUCCACGUGAAAAUUCGAAAUUGUUUAUAUUGAAAUUACAGCCCACAAUUUGAGAAAUUGAGAAGCAAAUAUAUUAAACUCAUACGAAAUCUUCCAUGUUCCGUACAUUGUUUUAUACGCUAUCACAAAUCAGAACAUGUCGCUCCAAUUCUAAUUUUAAAUUUAUUUUCUUGUCGCUGUCCGAAGGCAAUCCUUGAAGCACCACAUGAAAACUAUGAUUGAAAUUGCUUAAAGAGUUCAAGAAACUAUAUAUAAUCAGCGUUUCCUGAAGUUAGUUAGCUGAUCUAGAGCCGAGAGCACGACGCCUAAGCAUCCAUAAUUUCAUAACCUUGGAGAUUCUUGAUCAUGUCCUGAAGAUUCACUAUGGGUUUCGAUUCCUUUGGAUCGGUUUUUAACCGAGUUCCCUAUCAAUAUUUUUACGGUUCUAGGUGUGUAGAUGUCGUUAACGUUACGUAGUUUAGAUUCAUCGUUUUCUUUUUACAGAGCUUCUGAUGUGUAUCAACAUUUCAGAUACUAAAAGUCUACAACGCCUUCUACGGUUGGAAAAAUAUUCAAAAAACCAGCAUAACACACCGAUUCAACCAUGAUAAUUUUAGAUUAUGAUUACGUACAUUAGACUAGUAGAGAAUUUAUACAUAUGACCUCUUACAAAUAUCUUGUUUGUCUCUUACUUGCCUGGUACGUAAGCUGACAUAAAACUCCAUGACAACUUCAGGUACAUACAAGUCAGAGUUCCAAAUGAUGAUUAUCCUUGAGAACCUGUACAACUCCCAGACCAUCGAAGGUCCCAACAGUACUACCAUCUGAUCAACUACUCUUUUUUUGCCAGAAUUAGAUGGGUCAUUAAGAAGACUAGAUUACCCAAACUAAAAGGAGUAAGAAUAGUUGUUUGAGAGAUGAAUUUUGAUCUGAAACUUGAGUUUGGAUGAGAAAAACAUGUUCAGUAGCACGAGUAAGUAAAAAGAAAAUGAGAACAUAAUUAUGGUGAGAUAAUAACAUAUUGAGACUAUGGUAGUUAGUAGAAGUUCAACCAUCGAAGCACCAGUGGUCUAGUGGUAGAAUAGUACCCUGCCACGGUACAGACCCGGGUUCGAUUACCGGCUGGUGCAAAUUUUUUGUUUUAGACUACAUUUUUAUUGAGUCAUUUUGUAAACAGCCCAGUUGGACUUUACCGGCCCAUUUUGCUUCUCAAUCUGUAAUCAUUCCUUCGAUCAAAGUCCCAAACUAUUUGUUUACCCUGAGAAUUAAUAUCUUGUGAACAAUAAAACAUAUAGGUUAAAAUGCUUGAUUUCGAAUUUUCCUAUAAUUUCUUUGACAACAUUCUUGUCUUGAUAGCUAAUAACCAUAAUACAUAAUUUCAUUUUAAUGUUCAGGUGUUUGUUUCUAAUUUUCGGGUUGAUUAGUUACAAAAAUGGCAAUAGUAAAAUUACCAAUUAGGAUGGUUCUUUUUUUGUGCGUGUUAUGGUACUAGCUUCCGGUAUGGUUUCUUUUAUGACAGUGGUUUUCUUCUGUUAAUUCAUGGAUCGACUUGGUAAUUCUACACGAUGGACUUGCGUAUAGGUGAAGUUUUUUCUCUUUCAUGUUUGUUAGUUUGAUUAUGGUUUUAAAGCUUCCGGAGUUGUCCGGGGUGAUACGGCUUAAUUCCUAAUUUCUUUUAGUUAACUUAGUUUUGUUGAUCAAUCCAUCUUUGUUUAGCAUGUAGUGAUUGUGUGUAAUGAACUACCAUUUACUUUUGGUGAUUGAUAUCAAUUUAAAGAUGCCAAAAGAAAAUUACCAACUCUAAUCACAUCCACGUUACUUAUAAGAACACGAGAGUUCAGUGAAAGUCACAUGCACACACUAUAUAUCCUGACUGCACCACACGAUCUAUCACUCGUGUGCAAAAUCCAUGAUUACAGUAUAUUAAUUAUUUUGGCAUAUAGAAAAAUUGAUUACAUUCUGAUUAUCUCCUCAGGUUGAAUCCUAGUCUGUACCAGCUAAACACGCACUCCUUGUAAACCAAUAUCCCUAAGCCACCUAAGCCGAUCCAGCGCAAUCAAUCAAGUUUAAAGAGUUUAAGUUUUUUGUUUUGUCAUAAAGGGAGUUCAAUAGCUUAUAAUUACGUAAUUAACAAUUAUACUACGUACAUACAUUCAUGGCCUCCAAAUAUAUAUGCAUGGUAUUUAGCAAAAAAAAAAAGAUAUAUAUAUAUAUAUAUGCAUGGGAUUGGCAUUUGCCGGUACAACUUUACCGGCAUUUACCGGUUUGCCCGGUCCCCCACGUCACGACAAACAGCAGCUGUUCCAAUGCCCGGCGUUCGGCGGAAGAACUUAUAAAUUACUCAAAAUAAUUGAUUAAGUUAGUUUUGCUUUGAUGAAACUCCAACAAACAUACGUAUCUGUGCAUAAAAUAAUACGAGAAAAAGUGAUAUAAGACCUAAGACUAACUCAUUACCAAGAAUAUGGAUACGAAUGAAAAGAAUGAUAAGUUGGACUAAUUUAAAACUAAUUAAUUGAUUUUUAUAAUUAUUUUUAAUAAAAUAAAACUCUAAUGUUGCAGUCUCCAUUGUUGAUUGUCUCCUUAUAGUCUAGCAUGUGGCCCUCCAUUGUCUACCAUUCACACAAUUUGGCUCACGCGAUAAUUGGACAUAAAUUGCAUUCUUUUUCUUUAUCAAAUAAAAUAAAAUAUCACAUAAUGAUAAUUGUGUAAGAAAUUUUCUUAUGAUAAACAAGGCAAUUCGUCUAAUACAUUUGCAUAUAUAACCACACGAUUGUGGUUGGGUGGUCAAAACGUUUCAUAGAUUUCCAAAAAAUCCGAAUUUAAAUUCGUACCAUACCAGAUUUUCAUAUGCAUGAUCAUCGAAGCUUUCACAUUCUCUCUGAAAAAUGAUUUACCAUUUUUUUUGUACAUUUACAUAUAUGAGAAAUUAAAUAAAAAUAAUAAAAUAGUUCUUAAGCAUACAAAGGGUACAUAAUCAAUGCAAACAACACGUAAAAACCUCAAAUUAUUGUCGAUCGUGGUCUUCUUUACUAUUGUGAUGUUCAAGUCAAAAAAAAAGAAAGGCUACGGUGGCAGAAAAUCGAAAUUAUGAUUCAAAUCAUUACCAAAACGUAAUUUGACACUGUAGCAUAUAGUUUCUUGUGAAAUCAAAUUUUAAGACUUUCUUAACUCCAUUAAUAUUGUUAAUUCAUGAUGUACUACACUUAUAGUUUCAUCACAUAUUACAAUUUCUAAAUGACAUAAGUGUGGCUCAAACUCUAGUGAUGGAGAACUAUAGCAUUUAAUAUAGAAAGCUAAUACAAUAUGGUAGACCACAAAAACUAAUUAAUACAUUAUCAUAUUAUGUGAUUAAUUGUUUAUGAUUGAGAGAACAUAUAAAAUAAGUCGGCCCAAGAAAAAGCCUUUCUCACUCAUCAUCAUAAUUUCCCUUUAUAAAUCCACCCAAAGUCAAAGACACUAAACAAUUCUCCAUUUACUAUUUCUUAGUUCGCUCGUGCACAUCUCCAACGAUCCCAAUCCUAAAACCAUCACUUAUUCCAAUCUUUUUCAACAUCUCUUGAAAACACCAAUCUUAUAAAAGAAAAAAAAAACAAGAGAAUCCUUCUUUUUUGGCACAAAUAACAUAAAGAUCAUCACCUUUUUGUUUGUUUCGUCGAUGGCAACUUCCGGUAACAUUACAACGGCAGGGACAGGUUCACCGUGCGGCGCAUGCAAGUUCCUGAGAAGGAAAUGUUUAUCAGAUUGUAUAUUCGCACCUUACUUCUCAUCCGAGCAGGGAGCAGAAAGAUUCGCAGCUAUUCAUAAGGUGUUUGGAGCCAGCAACGUCUCUAAGCUCUUGCUUAAGGUCCCAAUCCAUGAUCGAUGUGAAGCUGUUGUCACCAUCGCCUACGAAGCUCAGGCUCGUCUUCAUGACCCUGUGUAUGGCUGUGUCUCUCAUAUUUUCUCCCUCCAACAACAGGUGGCUUACUUGCAAGCACAAGUCAUGCAAAUGAAGGCACAUAUCGCCGGCCACCAGACGUCAGCCGCCGAAGGUACUCACCAAUUCACGACGUGGCAACAAACUAGUGGCUCACCGAUCGAUAGUGCGUACUCAACACCAUAUAACCAUCACCAUCAUACUUACUACGGUCAUAUAAACCCUAAUAAUCCGGUCUCGCCACAGAGCUCGUUAGAAGAAUCUUUCAGCAUCACGAGCAGUGACGUCACAACUACAGCUAACGUGCGUGAGACUCAUCAAACCGGAGGUGGCGUAUACGGUCAGGGUGAGUUAGGGUUUCAGGAAGGAUAUCCUAACAAAAAGAGAUCAGUGAGUUAUUGUGAUAGCGAUUUAGGUGAGCUUCAGGCUUUGGCUCUUAGAAUGAUGAAGAAUUAAGAUAAUAAGUUUUUUCUUUUGUUAUUGCUAAAAAUUAAGAGGAGUUGGUACUUUGGGAAAAAAGAAUAAAAAAAAAAUAGCUGGUAACUUAUGUAGACAAAUGAGAUGGUUUUUGACAAGAAACAAAAGAUGAUAACAAAACAUUGGAUGUUCACAUGCUAUCAUCAAUAAAAGUGUCAUGCCUGUUUGUUCUGCAAUUAAAGUUAAGCAGUAACUAGCUUAUAUUCAAUGACAGGUUUCAGCGAAUUAUCGUAAUUGACUUAACAACUCAUUUCAUCCAAAUUUAUGCAAGAAAAAACUCAUUUCAUCGAUAUAGUGUUACAUAUCUUACAUUAUCAUUCAUUAAGGUAAAUAAUAAUACGAAAUUCACGCACGAUGAUUGCAUGUCAUAAGUUCUCGUAAACUUGUUUUCGGAUUUUAAAGGUCAGUAGUAGAAAUGCUUCUAUGUACGCAGAAAAUAAACUAGAAAAGAUAUAUAUAUAUAUAUAUAUAUAUAUAUAUAUAUAUAUAUAUAUAUAUAUAUAUAUAUAUGGUGAACAUAUAUAUUUUCGUGUGAAGAUAGAGCAGACUUUACACGUCUUUAACAAAGAAAGGUGUAAAAUGUCAACAUAAAAAACAAAGCAAUCAAUAUUUAAGUUUACAAAAGGGUAAGUCCAGCGUGAACAAUCGUAAACUAUUUAAAACCUCAAGAAAGACAUUUUCUUACAUCUUUAAUUAUAUUGAUGGUCUGUGUAUAUGCUUGUCAACUAACGAUUUAUUUUUGGCUUCUCUAGGCUAAACAAUAUUACAUGAUAAACGUAUAACAAUAUGAAUAAAGUAUAAUUUCAUAGAAAAACCAAUAUGAAUUAAGUCUACUUUAUUUUCGAUAUAUAACUUUAAUUUUAUAAGGCAUGAAUAAAUAAAGAAGGAAUAAGACUGUUGAUAAAACAAAUCUCUUAAAAGAUAAAACAUUUGAAGAACAUAGGAGGGAUGGAUUUUACCACAAAAAAAAACAUAGGAGGGAUGGAUGUUAUGAUUGUCUGUCAGAGAAGCAAAUCAGCGAAAAUCAUUUUUCUAUAUAUUUAUUAAUAUAUAAUGGACCACGCUUUCAUAUUACAUUUAAUAAACAUGUUUACCUAACAUUAACUAAGCAUUGUCUAGUUAAUUAGGCUAGCACCAAUCCCCCAUAAGUUGUAGCGGUCCUGUUAGACAAAGUGUCCCCUAAAUUGUAUGCCAUCUUUUCAACCAAAUUCAAUUAAUGAUCUUUAAUUAGUUUAGCUUUGCAAACUCUAAAUAAUCCCAUCUAAUUCUAACCCCAUCCUCCACUAAGAAGCUUCGGUUGUUGUCCAGUCCACACUUAAAGUCACUAUAACUGUUUGAAAAGGGGUUUUUUUUGUGUUCUCGAGGUAACCUAAUCAAGCAUUUUAAACAAAGUUACUAAUAAGAGUUAAAAAUAAGUUUAAUUAAGCACCUGAUCAAAUACUUCACGUAGACAUUUUUUUAAAGAUGAAAACUUCCACAGGUUAAUUAGUUUGACAGUUACUAACAAGUAACAACGGGUUACGCGUAUUAUGAGUAUUUAUUUUUGUGUAACAUUUGGCAUGCUAACCGUAUACUUAGUAAAAUGUGUCACUUCAUUAGUUAAUUACUUUUAUCAUAUCAAAAUAUAUAUUGGUUGCUUCGACAUGUAUAGUGACGACUAGAAAAUGUGGACAGCUUAACAGCUUAUCUUUUUUUUUUUUGAGAAAACGGUGUAAUAUCCUCUGUUUUUCAAUGUAAGUCAUUUUAGAGAAAUUUUUUUGUUUCAAACUAUAUGUCGUUUUUGGUUUUCUAUGUAACAUUUAUUAAUAAUUAAUAUUGUCUGAUCAAUGAUAAUAUAUCUUUUAUUUUUUUAUUGGUUGAAUUGUGGUUAAGUAAAUAAUUAAUGAUAUUUUUGUUUCGAAAAUAUAAAAAAUUAAUGAUUUUCUUAAUUUAUGUGUAUAGCUGUAAAACGACUUAUAU